CAUAUUAAUUUCAUUUGAGUGAAAAUAUUUCCCAAAUUAUGAAGUUUGUAGCUUUUUCUAAAUCAGUUUCUUAACUCUCGAGUGUACACCCGUGCGGCGUUGCCGUCAGUUUCGUAGCCUUUUAAAAAACAUCGGACACCUCUCACCGCAGCACCAGCACCACAAAAAUAUAAAUAAGAAUCGGCGAGCAAUGACACUGAACUGAGUCUCUAAAAUAAAAUGACCAACUUAGAUCUAGUCUGGCUGAUUCUUGUGUCAAUCUUUGUUGGGGUCAUCAUCACUUUCGCCGCUUUUUGUUUUGCUCUGAACUACUACUUGAAACCAAAAAAGGAUUUAAACCUGCCAGACGAUGCUCUGCAAAUGCCAAACUUUGAGCAGUUCCAACUGCCUCAAAGUCUACUGCAAAUCAUCAACGCGACUGAUUCGCCGAAAAAAGAGACUUGUGUUGCAUUAAAUCUGCUAUUCCACUUUUUAUAUUACGAACUGAGAAAUUCUGAGGAAGUCCGUCUCUGGUUCCUGAAAAAACUGACUCUCGAAUUUGAUGAGCUGCUUACGAAAACUACGACUGGCAAAUUUAUCGACAAAGUUACGAUCAAGGAGAUUGAUCUUGGCUCAAAGUUUCCCAUCUUCAAUGGAAUAAGCAUCCAAGAUGUUGAGCUGCACCCAAUUAAGAAGUACAUUGAAACCCUUGACCUUGGUGUUGAUCUCCACUAUGAGGGUGGCUUCCAACUGGUCACCAGCGUCCGUCUCAUUUUAGGCGCCCCAGCCAUCAUUACUGUCAAAGUGUGUCAUUUGUCUGGCCGUGCUCGAUUGCGCUUUACAAGAAAACCAUAUUCCCACUGGUCUUUCACAUUCUACUCUGAGCCAAGCCUUGAACUGCAGGUUGAUUCGCACUUUCAAGGGAGGCCAAUUCCCCAAAUUACCUCACUGAUCGUCAGCCAGAUUCGAAAAGCAGUUAAAAAGAAACACACAAUUCCGCAAUUCAAGCUCCGUUACAAGCCAUUUUUCCAAGCGCCGCUGCAAACCUCGCCAUCUUUCUAUGACAAUUUUGACCAGUCCGAUGCUACUCUGAUUCCAACUGGAGUAUUAAAGGUGUCUUUGAUUGAAUGCACAAGACUGAAUCCCGAACUUGUUUGUGGAGAUAUUUAUUGCACUUUGGCUGUGGAUGAAGCACCAUGGACUGAACUUGUCCAAACAGAUUCCUUUGCUGUCAUGACUCUUGAUCUCAUCGUGUUUAGGAAACCGUCACAAAAUCUGGGAGUAACUUUCAAAGCUGAGCAACCAAAUCUUGUUGUUGUUGACAUUGUUGAACGAGGAACGCCAGGCUAUUUUUCCAAAUUGAAGAAGGGUGAUAUCUUAUUGGCUGUUGAAGGAACUAAGGUCACUACUUUGAGUCAUGCAAGCAAACUGCUGAAAACCACUGCAAGAAGAUUCACAAUCAGGAUUGAAAGAAAGCGGUGUCUGCUAUCCAAUGCGGACAUUCAAAAGACUGGAGAGGAAACAGCUGACAAAAUUAAAUCGACUCACCAAAGUAGUCCAUCUGGCAUUCGCAGACGCCUCACAAUACCCGAGAAUGAGCAGAUAGCGCCAAGUGAAACAGAAAGUAGUGGAUCAAGCACAGCAUCCCCAUCAAAUUCUCCCAUUAAAAGAUCAGUUAUAAAAAUAAAAAAUCUGCAAGCACCUGAAGAAACAACACCACUGAUAACAAGCAGAAAACUGAGCUCGGUUGCAGUACAGUCGCAGUGUGGCAUCCAGAUUUAUAGAACCAAAGAACUACCAAUGGCAUCAGACCUAAAUUUCAACGACUCUGUAACAUUCCAAAUUGGCGAAAAUAUCAAGUACUUCAACUUUGGCAUAUGGUCUACUCAAGUCGGAUCCAACGAUGGAAAGGAUAUUUUGAUGGGCCACCUAAGCAUUCCUUUGUAUAAGAUAAUUGACAAGUGCACCAUCACUGGUCUCGGCCAUUUGAUCAAAAAGUGGCAGCUACUAGAACCCUGUGUUACACAAAAACCUCAUCAACUGAAUGGACAUUCCGGUUUUGACCCUUCCUUUUGUUUUGGCGAUGCACUUUUUUGUUUCGUCUUGGUUCAAGAUUCUCAGAGUCAAGGUUACAUUCCAAGUUCAACCAGAGCAUCUUUCUCUGCUAAAGGCGAUGCUGAGGGCCUAAUGGAAGCAUCACUUUUGAAUACACCAAUUGGCAAGGACUCUCCAGCACACGAACCUGCAACACCAGGUGGAUCGGUUACUUGCGCCGACGAUGGAACUGCACAUGAUUUUGUCAGAACCCACUUUUCAAGAACCACCCAAUGCGAUUUCUGCAGUAAAAAGAUCUGGCUGAAAGAUGCAGUGCAGUGCAAGUCGUGCAAGAUGACGUGCCACAAAAAGUGUGUUACUAAGUGUCAGGCAACGGCAGUUUGUGUGCCAUGUGAUGACGACCAGUCAAUUUCUCAAGGAACUUCUCCAACAAAAACGCCUGAGAUUGUUACCACCGAAGUCGAGGGUGAAAUUUUAGGUGCAGAUAUUACUGCAUCUCCAACACCACAGAGUUCAAAACGAGGACUUGGAGGCUUGCUGGCUUCAGUUGCUAAUGCAGCUCACAACAGGAACAUGAAACGAGCAGGAUCGACCAGCAAUUUAGCUCCUCCAGAUGGAACGGGAUCUGCACCGAGCACAAACAACACGACACCUUCAUUGUCUCUGAGCUUCUCUCGUAGUCUACCUCACUCUCCGCAAGUGUCACCCUCAGCAAGUAGAAAGGCGUCAAUUGCAGACCCUGCGCUGUUUGACUUACCUGGAGGUCUGGCUGCUCUUGAUGAUACCGUCGAUGACAUUUUGGUCGAGGAAGCCAUGGAGCAACUUCUGCAAAGAUCUUUUGACAAUGAGGACAUAAUGUCUUUAGCCAAAGACAAAGGAAAGGAGCUUUACUGCGGACAACCUGGACGCAAGGAGAAAAUCAACAAACUUAUUUCCAAGUUGAAAGUUUCUAUGGAUCGCGAAAUGCAAAUUCAAGAAGCUCUUCAAGCUGAAGCAGAAGAUGAAAGUGAAAAGGUAUCUCGGCAAUUCUUGCUAUCAAAGUCCGAGAAACGAGUCCAGGCAAUCACUGUCCUAAUGCUCCAUUGCUGCUCAGGUCUGCAGCAUGUUCAGGACACUGAAGACGAGGAGUUAGAGCAAACCAAAGAGUUAAGUGUUGCGGCCUCCUUGUCAGCAGGAAAUGGUAUUUUAGGUUAAUUUAUUUGUCCAGAAAACACCAAAAUUGUGCAAUUUUCUUCAGAGAAACCAAUUAUUUGCUAGUCUCUAUUACGUGAUAAUAUACACUAUAUAUAAGAAAACUCAAUUAUAUCAGGGGGUUUGUUAAAACUCCUUUUUUUGGGGGAAAAUGUAGAUUUUACCCUUUCUAAUCAAUGAAAAUCUGGCCUUAAAUAACCUGAGCAUUUUACAACUGUAUUUAUUUUGUACCCGUCUUCCCAAUUAAAGCUUAUAUGUACUUAGACAGGGUAAUUAUUAUUGAGCCUAGAAUGUUAAAAAAAAUCUAAAAUCUCAAUGUUCAUCAUUUUUCCUCAUGAAAGCACCCAUCUAUCAAUUUAACACGAAAAAUGUGUAAAUCAAUUAGAAGCUGGAAAGCCAUUGGUUAAUAUUUUGCACUAAAUUCUAAUAAUAAAAAAAAAAUUUAAAAGGAUACUUAGGAUUACACCCACAGCAAAAUUUAUAUUAUUAGAUUUUUUUAAUUUGCUUAACAGGAUUUAUCAGGAAUAUCUUUUUCAAAAAAAAAAAAAAAAAUGUGUGCCUCGUUAGCAGCUUUGUAUGUUGAAAAUACAUUUUGAAAAGUAUAACUCAUUAUUAUUUUUUAUAACUGAAUUUGUUAAAUUAUUGAGAAACAUUGAGUAUUGGACAGUGAGGCCUCAAACUUUAAAAUCUUUUAUGGUGAUUUAAAUUUAAAAUCGACUUUUCCUCGAUGGGUUUGUGAAUUGUUAAAGAAAAACAAUAUCCUGCCCUUUCAUGUUUCUCGACCACCUCCGAGAAAGCUUAUGAAUUAUGGCUGCAGCCCGCAACCAAAACAUGUAGAGCAGGAUAUUGUUUUUCUUAAUUAAACAAUUAUAAACACACAAAAACCAUCAAGAAAAAGCAGACAUUAAAUUCAAAUCACCAUGAAUCAACCCUCAAUCGUUAAUAUUCUACUACAAAAUUUAUAAUUUUAUUUUAACAUUAAAAUAUCAUUGUGAUGAUGCAGUAGCAAAAUGUUUAAAUUGAUUAAAGAGGGUUGGGUGUUGAUAGCAGCCAGUUUCUGGCUUGGAUUUUCUCAAUCGACAUUUUUUUGCUUAUGCUUCUUAAAAUAAAGCCAAGCAUUUUAUCAAAUAUUUGUGAUUAACGUGACCACAAUUUAUUAAAUUUAGCAAAUUUAGCUGUGGCCAAAAAUUAAUGAAAUUUUCUAAUAUCACACGUAAUUCUUUGUUAACAAUAGUAUUUUAUAUAAAGUAUAUAUUUUCCAACUUUGACCUUAAUUUCAUGAAUUGCCAAUUAAUGGAUGUACAAGAAUAUAUUUUUUGCUUGUUACGUUAUUAUAAUAUUUAUGAAAUACUUAUUUUAUUUUUCUAUGCACCUAAAUCUUUUUAAUUAUUGCAUUCCAUUUCCAUUGAUUUGAAUCAAAGAUGAAAUAUUUUCUUUUGACGUUGACACUUUUUGCACAUAUAGUCAAGUUAUUAUAAUUAACUGCACUGCUCUUGCAUUACACAUAUCAUUGUAAUUGUAAUAAACAAAUUUGUCAUGUCACUUCAUCGUUGUGAAUAAUGAUGUUUUAUGAGAACAUUGACUAAUGCAUUAAAAACAACAAUAAUUAUUAGAAACUAUACUCAUUUAAAUAAAUUGAGUCAUACUCUCAAAUUAGAAGUGCAGUGAGCCAUUAUACAUAAGAUUUGAGAUGUCAUCCUCUUCUGGUAGUUUUAGAUGUUGCAACUUGUAAUUAAUAAUUAUAUUAAUCCAAUUGUUAAGUCUAGAUAAUAAUCUUAAUAAAAUCACACAUAGAUUAUUAUAAUCAAAUCUAAGCAAAAAUUUCAAA